GUUCAGCUGUUGCGAAAGUAUCGUUUGUCUGGCUUCUCUCGCGAUAAGUUCUAUAUUUUUAACUUGACCACGUCUGAGAAAUCUGUCUCCUGGCUUUGGAAACCACUUUGGCCAAGACAUGAGUAUAAAACUUACACAGGGGGCAAUUGAAGCCCUGUCCAGAGGCUCCCUGGUGAACAAUCCCGUGCUGCAGCUUAUGAACAUCCGUCAGAUUUCUAAUAUGUCUGGUCCUCCCCGAUUCCGACUCAUGAUGAGUGACGGUCAGCACUCUUUGUCCUCCUUUCUGCUGGCCACACAGUUAAACAAUUUGCCAGAAGAAAACCUCUUGGUACCUAAUUGUGUCUGUCAGGUGAAGAAGACCAUGAGCACCACAUUGUCAGAUGGCAGGGUCGUGUUCACUGUGUUGGACAUGACAGUAUUGCAGUCAGCUGAGGAAACUGGAGGAAAGAUUGGAAAUCCCACUCCAUAUAAUAAAGAUGGUAAAACAUCAUCUCCACACGAUUCACCCUCAACUAGUACCUCCCUCUCAGUUUCCCCUCCAUCUGCUGCAGAACCUGGACCCUCCUAUAAGAAGAACAGCAGAGGGUAUCAUCGAGGAGCUCCUUCUCCUCCCCGAGGCUAUGGAAGAGGGUUUGUGGGGAAGUCACCCAUGAAGACUUCCCCCAUGAAGACUUCCCCCAUGAAGACUUCCCCCAUGAAAGUUUCCCCCAUGAAGGCUUCACCCAUGAAGGCUUCACCCAUGAAGGCUUCCCCCAUGAAGGCUUCCCCCAUGAAGGCUUCCCCCAUGAAAGUUUCCCCCAUGAAGGCUUCCCCCAUGAAGGCUUCACCCAUGAAGGCUUCACCCAUGAAGGCUACCAGUGCUUCUCCAGGUUCUUCAGCAAACGUGAUUUCUAUUGCUCACCUCAACCCCUACCAAAGCAAGUGGACUAUCAGAGCCCGAGUCACCAACAAGUCCAAUAUCCGCAACUGGAGUAACUCUAGAGGAGAGGGCAAGCUCUUCUCCUUUGAGAUCACAGAUGAGAGUGGAGAAAUAAAGAUCACAGCCUUCAACAAGGAAGUGGACAAGUUUUUCUCUCUAGUGGAACAAGGCAAGGUGUACUACAUCUCCAAGGCUACGCUGAAGGCGGCCAACAAACAGUACAACACACUGAAGAAUGACUACGAGAUGACCCUCCAUGCUCAUUCAUCCAUUGUGCCAUGUGAUGAUGGUGUGGGUGUCCCGACAGUGCACUGUGACUUUGUGCCCAUUGCAGAGCUGGAGAACAGAGACAAGGAUGCCAUCAUUGAUGUGAUUGGAGUGUGUAAGAGUGUGGAGGAUGUAUCCCGUAUCACCACCAAGACCAGCAGAGAAGUCUCCAAGAGGGCCCUCAAACUAAUAGACAGAACUGGCAAAGAAGUGGCAGUCACAUUGUGGGGAGAGGAGGCGGAGAAGUUUGACGGCUCUGGGCAGCCUGUGGUCGCCAUCAAAGGUGCUCGCUUGUCUGAUUUCGGGGGCCGAUCCCUCUCUGCUUUGUUCAGUUCAACAGUUAUGGUCAACCCAGACAUACCGGAGGCCUUUAGACUGAGGGCCUGGUAUGACCAGGAAGGCUUUGCGCAGGACAGCCAGUCCCUGACGGAGACGUGGUCAGUGGGGAGUGGGGCGAAGAUGAACUGGAAAGCACUGAGCGAUGUUAAGAAUGAACACAUGGGCCACGGAGAGAAGGCGGACUAUUUCAGCUGUGUGGCGACACUGUUGUACGCUCGUAAGGAGAAUUGUCUGUACCAGGCCUGUCCAUCCGCAGACUGCAACAAGAAGGUCAUAGACCAACAGAACGGACUGUACCGCUGCGAAAAGUGCAACAGAGAGUUCCACAACUUCAAAUACAGACUCCUACUUUCUGCCAACUUAGCAGACUUCGGGGAUAACCAGUGGGUGACAUGCUUCCAGGAGACAGCUGAGGCCCUGUUAGGUCACAGUGCAGAAACACUGGGACAGCUCAGAGAAACAGACGAGGCUGCAUUUGAUGACGUCUUCCAUAAAGCCAACUUCACAACUCACAUCUUUAAAAACAGAGUCAAGCUGGAGACGUACAAUGAUGAGAGUCGGGUGAAGGUAACUGUAAUGGAAGUCCAACCAGUCGACCACAGGGAAUACAGCAGGAGACUGCUCAGUAACAUCCGCAGACUGGCCAGAUGAACUUGGUCGUGAUCGAUUGCCUGGCGAUUAAGCACAUCUUCCACUGGUCUCUGACUGGUGCCCGACUUUGUUCACCAGUGAGAUAACAGCCUAUCUGACUGAGGCAACAGUGGAGCGGCCAGUGGUUCAUCUGAUCAAAUGGCAGCCAAACAAAAGACUGAUAUUUAGUUGCUCACUUCCUUUAGCAGGCGACUUGUGAAACACUGGGAUUGUAAUGUAAAUGUCAUACCCUUUUAAUUUAAUGACAUUUUAGCAAAGGGAUUUGAUUACGUAAUUACAUACAAAUGUUUUAGAUCUGCUUACAUUUUCGGUUCGUUUAUUAUGUGAGUGUUUUCUCAUAUUUAUGCAAGUGAUUCGUCUCUCUGGUUUUAUUUUUGUGAUGCUCAGCGUUAGUUGAGUGAGACGUAGAUGAGUCAUAUUUCUUUGUCUUUGUUUUGUUUUAAAAAUGAAGGUGUGGCCAGAAUGCUUAGGAGAAGCAUGUGUUGGCACUUGUUUUAAUUGCACUGUGUCUUCUGCUUGUCAAAAUUGUUCUUAUUUUAGUGAAGAAGAAAUGCAAAUGCUUGGUUUGCUGGGCUUCCAAAAAAAAAACAAAAGAAAAGUCACACAAAGAAAGUGAUUAAAAGGAUGUUGAGAUAAAAACAGAAAUUUGUCUUCAUCACUUUUGUUCCUAAAGGGUAUCUGCAGGAUUUGAAAAGUCUUUUAAAAGGCACUGAAUUUAAUUUCCGCAAAAAGAGACCUUAGAAGGUGUAAAAAAAAAAAAAAAAAAAAAAAGUUACCCACC